CUCUACAAGGCUGGUAUAAAACUAUAAACACAUACACAUGGUUUGUGUAUAGUCACAAUUCUACAGUACACACCAUGGGGUUAUCUUGCAGCUCAGCAAAGCCAGCCAUAGGGCUCUCUUUCCAUCCUCAUUGUAGAGGCUCAAAUAUCUCCUUGAACAGCUGCCUCCACCAGGCCACACGAAUCCACAGCUUCCACAAUGGUCUGGCCUUCUCAAAUCGACCCUUGCUCCCCAAAGAAAAAGUCAGGCUAAAAGUGCUAGAGAUUGAACAGCGAUGGUUUGGUGCUCUACGCCUGGGCUUUACCUCUGUGAAUCCAAGCAACAUUGAUCGGAAUGCCCUGCCACCCUUCGCCUGCCCUAACCUUGUUAAUACUAGUGGUUUCUGGGCCAUGGGAAUUCCAGAGGAACAGUGCCAGGAAGGAGCAGAACUAUGCUUCUGGGUGGACAGAAAGGGACAAGUAUUCUAUCAAGUGAAGGGGCACUUACGGCCCAAGUUGCUGUUCUCAGGUUUACCAAGGAAAGCACAAAUCUGGGCCAUGAUGGAUGUCUAUGGUAAAACAAAGGCCGUCCAGCUACUGGACGACAGCACAGAGUGUCUGGAUACUCCAUAUUCCUGCCCUCAAAACAAAGUGGACCAUAAAAUGGGUACAAGGAACAACUUCAUGCCUGUAGCACUGGACACACUUUCACAGUCACCCCAAUCCAAAUAUCACUCCAUGCAAGAACCCACAAAGCUGGAUCUCUAUUCACAGGCAAUGAAAUUCCGUCUCUUCCGAGAAGAUGAGCCCAUCUGUGUGAUCUGCCAGGACAGGCUAGUGGACACUUUGCUGCUACCCUGCAGACACUGUUCUUUUUGUAAGCCAUGCGUCCUGAAGAUUAGAAGACAGAACAAUAUCUGUCCAUUGUGCCGCCAAGAUAUCUUCAGCAUGCAGGAUGUUGGGGAAAUGCCUCUGCUCCCCAGCCAGGGUAGCUGACCGUACCUUAUACGUCUGCUCCAGUCACCCCUCAGAUGCUGCUGUUGAGAUACGGGGACAGUUUUUGUACAGUUUUUUUGUGAAUGAUAAGGACAUUAUAAGCCAAGCUGGCCAAUAUCUACGUGUUUUUUAUUCCUUUCAGAUAUCUGCCAGCUGUGUAUAUAGCAUACCAGUUAUAACUGUGGUAUGUGCAAGACAAGACUGCUAACUAAUAUGGAAAGACACUGGCAUUUUGUUAGGAACUUUCAAUGAGCCUCUAUUAAAACAAAAAAAAAAAAACAUCCAUAAUCAACUAAAAUUAAUCAAAAUGAGAGCAAAUUUACAGCGCAGAAUAGAGAGUGUGCAAGAGAAAUAUAGAGUUGGGUGAGGAUAAAAGGUGUACAAGUAAGAAGAGUGAGGUAUGAGAGAAAAGUAGUAGGUGACAUAAGUGAUGUGGAAAAUGGAUGAGAAGAAAUUAGUAGCAGAGUGUUUAAGCAAAAAAGUGCAAUUUUAUCUGUUGAGAGAAACAACGGAGAAGGUGAGAAAGAGAGAGAGGUAGCACUAUGGAGAAGGAAGAAGGUUGGGCAUGAAAUAGAUUGAAUUUUGGGAAGACCAAGCUCCUGUGGGGAGAGAUAAGGAUUUGUUAGGGAAAGGAAGGGUGGUAAGGAGAAGGACAAGGUAUGGUACCUGGGAGGGGGAGAGAUAAUAAUAGGAAAGUUAUCUGGGUGGAGGAGAGAUAAGUAAGAGAAAGGAAGGUGAGCAGAAAAAGGGAAGGAUAAGGAAAGUUAGCCUGGGGGAUGAGAAAUAAGGAUAGGUAAGUAGAUGGGGAAGUAAGGCAUAGAGAGAAGAAUAAGGAAGGUUAGCUGAAUGCAUGAGAGAUAAGGAUAGGUAAGUAGUUGGAAAGUAAGGUGUAGAGAGAAAGAUUAGAAAGGUUAGCCUAGUUGAUUAGAGCGAGGUCAGGAGAUGAAAGGUAAAGAGUAGAGAAAAGACCAGAGAAGGAGGAGAGGUAGUUUACAAGGAACAAUUUAAAACAGAUCCAAUAAAUAAGGGCAGGAAGAGGAUGCCAAGUUAAAGGGAAAAAAAAUGGCAGGUUCAAAAUACAAAUUAUGCUGGAUAAAGAAGCUGGACAAAGAAAUAAGAGUUGCGUUGCACAUAAGAGAAAUAGGUUGACUUGGACAAUAUUGUCAACUAUUUUGUUAAUUGUUAUUUUAUUAAAAGCUGUAUUGAGAUAAUUACCUUUAUACUGGUUGUCUUUGUCGAGUAACAUUUAUGUAUAUAUAUUUUUUAUAUGUGAUAAUAUGCUAUUUUUACAACAGAAUA